AUGUUCGCCUUCGGAGGUGGAAUGGGCGGCAACAUGCUCGAAAUCCAACUUGAACAACUCGAGCAACAGCUCGACCACAUGUACGAUAUCAUGAUGAUGGGCUACGGAAACAUGAUGCUUGUACAACAAUUCCAGAUGCUGGACCAACAGGCAGACAUGCUGUAUGAUCAAAUCGUGACCCAGCAGCAGCCGCAAGGUCCAGGUCUGGCAACUCAGCUGGGAAUGGGAGGCGGUCAGAGAGGUGCAGAAGGCGGUGGAGCGGAUAGUGGCGGAGACGGUGGCGGUGGUGAUCCAGGGCUCGCGGCUAUGUUGAAUAUGGCUCGUGGAGGAGGCGGCGUCGGUGGAGGACAGGCUCGCGGCCGAGCUGCGGCUCAAGCGCCGGCUACCAGGACCAGGACUCGGACCAAUGCCAGCAGAGGACGUGGUGGCCGCGGUGGUCGCGGUGGCCGUGGUGGUCGCGGAGGUGGAGGACAAGGAGGCGGUACGGGAGGCGCUGGCUCUCGGGAUGCUCAGGAGUAUGACCACGAGCUUCCAGAUUGGAACUUCUGA